AGUCGGGGCGGCCGCGCAUCGCCCCCGAAACCUCGCCCUGGCCCCUUUCCCCCUCCGCCCAGGCAGGAGGAAGUGAGAGCUACACAAAUUUUGGCACAAGUGCGACACAUCGCGGGGCCCCGGCGGAGGGAGGCGGACUUCACUGCAGCCCGCUCCGCUCUACCCCGCACUGUCGGCAUCGGGCGUGCCGCCCGCUCCGCCGCUGUUCUCCUCCCUUCCUUCAUCCCCUCCCUUUUCCCUCUCCGGCGGCCCUACACGCACCGCAACAAAGGUAAAAGCUCUGCAAGUCUGCAAUAAAAAUGGCCUCCAAUAAAACUACAUUGCACAAAAUGGGAAAGAAACAGAAUGGCAAAGGUAAAAAAGUUGAAGAGGCAGAGCCUGAAGAAUUUGUUGUGGAGAAAGUCCUGGACAGACGUGUUGUAAAUGGAAAGGUGGAAUACUACUUGAAGUGGAAAGGAUUUACAGAUGCUGACAACACAUGGGAACCUGAAGAGAACUUAGAUUGUCCAGAGCUAAUUGAAGCUUUUCUGAACUCUCAGAAAGCUGGUAAAGAAAAAACAGAUGGUGCCAAAAGAAAAUCUUUGUCAGAUAGCGAAUCUGAUGAUAGUAAAUCAAAGAAAAAGCGUGAUUCUGUUGAUAAACCAAGAGGGUUUGCAAGGGGUCUUGAUCCUGAGCGGAUAAUUGGGGCUACGGAUAGCAGUGGAGAGCUUAUGUUCCUCAUGAAAUGGAAAGACUCUGAUGAGGCAGAUCUGGUGCUGGCCAAAGAAGCUAACGUGAAGUGUCCUCAGAUCGUAAUCGCUUUUUAUGAAGAACGGCUAACUUGGCAUUCAUGCCCAGAAGAUGAAGCACAAUAAUUGUUUGCAUUGCUUUUUUUUAUAUAUAAGAAUAUUAAAACCUGAAAUUUGAUUUAUUAGCAAUGUGAGAAGCAUACAUUCUAACAAGUUUCAAAUUCGAUAUUUUUUGAAGUAGUAUGUUUUGCAUCAACAGCAAGUAAAUAAAAGCUUUCUGCAACUUGUUUCAUUUACCACAAGAGAGCAUUUGAUACUACUACUUCCUCCAUAUUAGGUAAAAGCUUUUAUAAAACAUUGAUGAACCUCCUUAGUUAUUACAGAAUCAUAAUGAAUGUCUAAAUAAACUCACAGAUGUUUUGUAGUCUUCUAUACUAUUGAUGUGCAUGUAUCUUCUUUACCCAAACCUAGCCCUUUAAACCUGUAAGGUCAUUCUUUUUAGUAUUUGGGAUCACUUGGUCUUAAGAAGACCAGGUGAAAACUAACUUUGUAGUAAUUUGAAUGUUAUCAGACUGUAUAUUGUUUACUUUAUUGUAAAUACUGGUGAGCAGUGGUCAAUAAAAUAGUUUUAUAUUCUUCCUUUAUACUGAUAGGCUGUGACUCUUUUGAAGCGGGGUAUUUCUCAACUUUUGAUAUGUUGAACUCAGUUUGUAAUAUAUUUAACUGUAAGUUGUUCUCUUGGGGGGUAGGUUGAUUAUUAAUAUUACCCCACUGCUACUCUUAUCAGAAUACUGGACAACUACCAGGCUUUGAUUAUUAGUUGGAGGUUUUUGUGAAUACUGCCUGAGGCACAGGUUUUUCUCAGUCAGGAAGGGCCUGUACCAUUAAUGUGCUUUGGGUACUCCUGUAAGUCAGAGAUUGCAACCAUAUAACUUAGGUACAGCAGUUAGUCACAAGGCCGAGUAGCCUCUGCAGGCAUACUAGGAAAUAUUUGACAUGUGUUGACAGUAUUAGCCCUUGCUUUAAUUUCAGUUCUUAAUAAGAGGCUAUAGUGUACUCUAGGGCUGGUUCAGAUGGAAUUGUUCUUCAGGCCAUCACUUCAAGAAUACUUACAUAGGUCAGCUUUUAAAGUGGAAUAUUUAAAUGAAGAUACUUAAGUCAUAUACUUGGAGCAAAAGACUUUAUUUCAGACUGAAUUUUGAAAUUAGUUCUAUAAUCAGCAGCUUGGAUAAAACCUUCAGAAGGGCAGAAGUAAAAGGUGAGGAACUCAGGAAGAGUAAAGUUGCCAUUCAUCUUUUCACUUGCUUUCAUCUAAACACCAUCUUUGUGUUUUGACUACAUAGUAUAGUUUACCUUAAGCUGUGCUUAUAUGUCAAUGGCCAAGAUUAUUUCAGAAUUAUCCUCAAUUUACAGUUUUGACUAAAAACAUAAUCCUUUAGUACACUGUCAGUGUCAUAGAAUGGUUUUGGGUUGAAAGGGACUCUGAAGAUCAUCUAGUUCCAACCUGCCUGCCAUAGGGAGGGACACUUUUCACUAGACCAGGUUGCUCAGACCCCCAUCCAUCCUGGCCUUGAACACUUCCAGGGAUGGGUUGUCAACAACUUCUCUGGGCAACCUGUUCCAGUGCCUCACCACCCUCAGAGUAAAAAAUUUCUUCUCAUAAUAUCUAACCUAACCCUGCUCUUGGUUUGAAGCCUUUCCACUCGUCCUGUGUGGACACCUUACAUGCCUUUGUAAUCCUCUCCAGCCUUGUUGUAAGCCUCCUUUAGGUCCUGGAAGGUUCUCUUAGUCUCACUGGAGCCUUCUCCAGGCUUAACAAUCCCAACUUUCUCAGCCUGUCUUCACAGGAGAGGUGCUAGAGGUGCUACAGCCCUCCGAUCAUCUUGGUGGCCCUUCUCAAAGGUGAGACAGUUGGGAUUGCCUGGGUAUGUUUUUUCAGAAGAUUAAAAAAAUAUAUUCCUGGAAACCCUCAUACAGUGUGCAUAGCCUGAAGAGUGAAGGAAGGAAUCCAGUCUGUGCUUGAUGUUCUUUUGAUACUGUUUCACAAAUCAUUACUAUAAUUAUUUGUCUUUUCAAUACUUAUAAAAGCCAUUUAUAUUGUGAAACAAAGCCUGCCAACAUAGAACACCUACUUAUAGUUAAACAGCAAUGGCUAAACUUGCUAUGUGAACUUCUUCCUAAAGAUUUUUAAUUACUUCGGCAGAAUUCAGUCUGUUUGUGGCUCUAGGAAAAAUCUGAUAUCCCUGUUAACAUGGGGCUCACUUGCGCCAGAAAAUGAUAAUUUGAGCACUUAACUAACCUCUCUUGCCCAUUCCUUAGACAAAUCACCCUGACUUUAUCACGUUUAAGACUUCUACAUGGUUCAUGGCUUAAUUUUAGGGAGGCCUGUAAUAUGAAUAUUUAUACACCUAGUAUAUACGAUUCUGAAAUCCUUGCUUUUUUAUCCAGUAGCUUGAUAAACACAUGGGCUAAAGAGGAACUUCAAAGCAGCUUGUAUUCUGCCAGUUUCUUCAGUAUGGAGUACUUUGUAAAGAGUCUUAAAACUGUUACUGUGCAAGUUGCGUUUUACUGCCUGAAACUUUGCAGUUUCUGUAACACAUUUCAAGCGUGGUUAUCAAGUCUGUGUGAGGUUGCUGAUUUGAAGCAAUACAGGUUAAACGGUUGUUUUUAAUUAUUGGUUAUUGUUAGUGGUAGACAAAGAUUUUUGUUGAAAGGUUGGUUCUCAAUUUGUAACCCUUAAAAUACAGAUUUGUAACUAUAUACAGCUUUUUACCUUAUAUUUGGUUCUUCCUUCUGACUUAAUAAAAAUACACUGAAUUCACUUUUCAACAACUUUGCAGCUUGUUAGACAGUUCUUUAGAUUGCUGAUUUUUUAAUGUUAUGAUGGUAAAUAUGCUGGCUGGUAUUUGUUUCCUUUUUUUUUCUCCUCACUUUGUGUCAAACUGAGUUUUGCUAGUAACGAAAUGCAACACUUUAAAGUUACAAGUUAUGUAAAGUUAUGCUGAAUGUGCUGCAUACAUAGGGAAAAAGUUAACAAAUGUUAUUAAUUUAAAAUUUACUGAUUAAAUAAAUGAGAUAUCUUCUGUA